AUGAAGGAUAUUUUCGAGAAAUUUCCACAUGAAAUUAUUGCAAAAAUUUUAUCAUUUUUAAACGGAAUUGAUCUUUACUCGAUUUCUUUGGUAAAUAAAAAUUUGCUAACUCACACACGAGACGACCUCGUUUGGAAAUUCGCCUGCCAAAAUGAAUUCAGUAGUGCCAUUAUCAAUGAAUGGAAUUCAACAUUAACCAAAGAUGCAGAAUGUGUGCGAUGGCAAACUCUAUAUAAUAAACUACGAACUUCACUUUCAUACUUUGGUGAAGAUGAAAAAUGUGUGUCUAGCAAUAUUCAAGCAUCGCGUUACCGAUUCGUGCAAGACGAAGAAAGUCGCUUUGGAAAAGUACUUCAUUUACAAAACAUUUGGUCGUUUGAGAUUAACACAAAUAUUACAAGAUCGAUAGCGCCAGGAAAGUAUGAUAUUUUGAUUCGUAUGAAAUGCGAAAAAGAACAUCAAGGUCUCGGCGGAUUAAUAUUCUGUACAGAACUUUUGGAUCGUAAGAAGAAUCUUAAGGAAACAUACACAUGUUCUCCUCGAAAUCAUACAUAUCAAACAUGCGCAAGUCGUGAUGUAUGGGUAGAACUUAUGCUGUCUUAUGUAAUCAAAAUACCCGAAAAAAAGAAUAAUACAGGAAAAAGAUAUAGUUUAUCUUUUAGUAUAUUUGAGGAAAAGAAAUAUAUUAAAGCUGGGUUGUGGCUUGAUUAUGUUAGGUACCGACCACACGUAGAUAUCAAAUACCCAAACCCGUACAUCGAUAAACCAAUUUGGCCUGGUGCUUUAAUUUUUGACAUGGUAUCAAUUGGAGCUACGAGUUCUGCACGACAAGCUCGUAGAAUUCGGGGGAAGCUUUGGUGA